CUGCGUACUCCAUUAUCGUCCGCGCCAUCCGACGAGCCCUUCAGUUCUUUAGAAGCCGUCUCCUCCAUACGCACCUCCCGGAUUCCACAGCAAACCCCUCGAUUUGUCUGAUGCCCUACACUCCUUAGAACAGACAUCAUGGCAUCGCUAAACUUGUCCACCAACGGACCCUCCAUCAAGAGCUCCUACGAGGGCGUCGUCCACCGCGACCUCCGCAAGUCCGACUCACCAACCUACGGACAAUGGGCCCUCUUCACGGUCCAGGCGCCGCUGAUGAACGCUUUCCAGAGCGGAGGUGCACAAGAAAGCGUCCUCAAGGUUGAGACCAAGGGAGAGGGCGAGCUCGCCGACCUGACCGAAGACUUUAAUGAGGGUCGCAUCCAGUUCGCAUUCGUCAAAGUCAGAGAUCCCAACUCCGCCCUUCCAAAGAACGUCCUCAUUGCCUGGUGCGGAGGCGGUGUUCCUGAGCGCACCAAGGGCUAUUUCACAAGUCACACAGCAGCUGUGGCCAAAGUCCUCCACGGCUACCACGUCCAGAUCACCGCGCGAUCCGACAUCGACCUCGAACCAGCCAGCAUCAUACAAAAGGUCUCAGAUGCCUCCGGUGCCAAGUACACUGCUGGCGGCUCGGCGCCGAUGCCCGCCGCCGGGCCCGCGCCCCCUGUGGCUAAGAAGCCUGUCUUCACCCCCACUGUAUCGAGGGGUGGAAGCUCUUUCAAUCCCCUAGUGGCCGCCCGAAACCGAAAAGACGAGAAUGUGGACGCAGACGGAUGGGGCGCCGAUGCGCCGCCGGUGACUAGGACACAGAUCGAGAAAGUCGAGUCAGCCUACAAGCCUACCAAGGUGAACAUUGCGGAGCUGGCCAAGAACCAGGAGCCGUCCAGGUUCAAUGGGUCAGGCAGGCAGGAUGACACUCCGAGCAAUGUUGUGAAGGGUGCCUACCAACCAGUAGGAAAAGUGGACAUUGCAGCCCUGCGAGCAGCUGCGAAGGACCAGGAGGACCUCAGGCCGACCCCAGUGAAGGGCUCGUACGAGCCUGUGGGCAAGGUUGAUAUUGCGGCCAUUCGAGCUAGAGCGCAGAAGCCUGCCGAACCUGCGCAGCAAGAAGAGGAGGCGCCGCGUCCCUCGCUCGCUGAGAGGACCUCAGCUUUCAACCAGCCUGCACAGUCAGAGCGCCUGACCAUUUUGCCGAAACCCAAGGUUGCCAACAAGUUUGGAGGGGCAAGCACGUUCACUGGCACCAAAGCCCCAACUCCUGGUGGACUUGGAUUUGGUGCGCCCACUACACCGUCUGCCGCCCCUGUUGGCGCGGCCAGCCGUACAUUUGCGGACCAAGGAGGGAAGACUCCAGCCCAGCUGUGGGCGGAGAAGAAGGCAAGGGAGAGGGGUGCAUCGGGCUCAGGCUCGACCAUCCAGCCUCCUGUGGCCUCUCCAGUGACUGCUCAAAAGAGUGGCAGCGAGUGGAAGAGCGGCUACUCAGGCAAGAGCUGGGCACCUGUUCAGACAGGAGACUAUGGCCGAGGCAUCACGGGCCAAAAGACUGGCGACAACGAGGAGGGAGCCAGCGAGGAGCAGCCAUCAUCACCAUCUGGUGGCGUUUCUGCGCUGCGAGAUCGUUUCAAGGCGGCCCCUCCCAUGGGUGGAGCUGCGCCCGCGAUUCCAAGGGCCGCUACCGGUGCCAGCGACGAGGCUCCUCCCCCACCACCUCCCGCCGACUCCAGCCGCCCAACUGGUGGCUUUGCAUUGCCAGGCCUGCCGUCCCGCCCCGCUGCCGACAACCAGGAAGAGCAGGAAGAGGAGCCUGAACCCGAGCCCGAGCGUGAUGCCUCACCCAUCCGAGUUGCUGUUCCAGUUCCACGCGUCCCGGAGCCUGAGAUCGAACCCAUUCCCCAACACCUCCCCGAGCGCCCUAUUCCAGUUCCUGAGGAGAUUCCCACGGAGGAGGAGCUGCCCGAGGAGCAGGAGACCCAUGACCUCGCACGAGGCGCUGCGACCGCAGUGGCAGAAGAGUCCUUUGGCCAUGAGCAGGUGGAGGAGACCCAGGCUGCUGCUUCCGGUGGACAUCGUGCGGUGGUCGAGUACGACUACGAAAAGGCCGAGGACAACGAGAUCGAGCUCAAGGAGGGCGAGUAUGUCACGAACAUCGAGAUGGUUGACGACGACUGGUGGAUGGGCACAAACUCACAGGGAGAGGUUGGCCUUUUCCCCAGCAACUACGUCACCCUGGUGCAAGAUGACGGUGCCGGUGCUGCUCAGGCUGCUGCUGUGCCCCCUCCACCCCCGGCCGCCGCCGAGCCAGAACCCGAACCUCAGCAGGCUGCAGCCGGAGGUGCGACCGCAACCGCACUGUUCGACUACGAAGCCGCCGAAGACAAUGAGCUUGGCUUUGCCGAAGGUGACAAGAUCACCAACCUCGAAUUUCCAGAUGAGGACUGGUGGUUUGGACACUAUGGUGGAAAGUCUGGUCUCUUCCCGGCCAACUAUGUCCAACUGGAUUCUUGAAAGAAAGAGGGGGAAAAAAGUGCAUAGAGAGAUGUACAGGACGAACGACUAUGCAGUCUAACCUAUUCCAAAAGGUGGUGUGACCUUGACAUCGAAAUUCAAAUAACCAUCAUACGCUACACUAUUUACCGUUCCUUUCCCUCGCGUGUCCUCUAGUUGAAGCCCAAAACUAUUCGCUCCAAUUCCAAGGUAUAGUCAGUAUUCGUUUCCAAGUACAUAAUCCAGGUUUCCGACUCCUGCCGCACCACCGAACGGAAGAAGGACCUCUCCUUAUUUUCUUAUUCUCCUGGUUUCUUUUCUCUCAUUUUUUGAUCCAUUGACAGUUGCGUCUUUCUUUAUGUUGGUCUGUCCUGCUUUCCCUCCUCCGUUGAUACAGCACUUAUCCUACAUGCGGCACAUUCGAUGUCCAGCUUGUGAGAUAUGACUUUGGUGGCAGAUAGUACAACGACCGAUAGGCCUCCACGAGGAGGAAGAGGCGAGCAACAAACACGGCGCACAAGGUCGGCAUAACCACUAUCAUAAUCAUGUUCCUCUUUGUUUUCGGACCCACACGUCCACGUAGCAUCACGAGGAACGCGGCCAUAGGCCCCGGCACGAUAGGCCCCAAGGUGGUGGUGAGAGCUGAUGCUCUCCAUAGCCACUGUUCCGCCAGCGUCGGAAAGGCAAAUUUCCAUGCCAACAGGUGAAUGCUCCCAAAAAUCAUACCGCUGUAUGCCAUCGCACUCAUCCAGACAUUCAGCUUCUGAUACUGGUCCUCAUGUGCCGCCUUUCCCGGCACGAAAGCGUUAGGAAAACGGCCCAGCUGCGCUCGCUGCCAGGGCAUGAGAAGGGCCAGCUUGUGCAGCUCG